UUUCUCUCGUUAAAAAACGCACCUUAUUCUUCUUGUGUUUGCAUCGCAUUUGUUCUUCUUGAAUCUCUCUCUCAACCAGGAGGAGAAAGGGGAGAGAGAAUGUUCCAUUCCUCGAAGAAGGCAAAUAUUAAUACAAAUAUGAAUUCGCAUCACGAUAAUCGAGGCAUGUCAGCAUGUGUUCAAGGCGACUCUGGUCUUGUCCUCACCACUGAUCCCAAACCUCGUCUCCGGUGGACUGUUGAGCUCCAUGAACGCUUUGUUGAUGCUGUUACCCAGCUUGGGGGACCAGACAAGGCUACACCGAAGACGAUUAUGAGAGUCAUGGGUGUGAAGGGGCUUACUCUUUAUCAUCUCAAGAGUCAUCUUCAGAAAUUCAGGCUUGGGAAACAACCCCACAAGGAAUUUAGUGACCAUCACUCAAUUAAAGAUGGUGAGAGAGCCUCGGCUUUAGAACUCCAGAGAAAUUCUGCAUCCUCUUCUGGAAUGAUGGCUCGUAGUAUGAAUGAGAUGCAAUUGGAGGUGCAGAGAAGACUGCAUGAACAAUUAGAGGUGCAAAGACACCUCCAGUUGAGAAUUGAGGCACAAGGGAAGUACAUGCAGACAAUCCUAGAGAAAGCUUGCCAGACUCUUGUCGGUGAAAACAUGGCGAAUUCUGGUUACAAAACCGACCAUGUCUCCGGCAUGAAAGAGUAUGGCCAUCACCUCAACUUCCCAUCUCUUCAAGAUCUUAACUUAUACGGAGGUGACCAACAACUAGAACUUCAACACACAAUGGAAAGAUCAUCAUCUCUUGAUGGAUUUUUGGCUAACAAUGAUCCAAACAUUUGCAUUGGAAAAAAGAGGCCUAAUUCUAGUUAUACUAGUGGUGGUACUGGUAAGAGCCCAAUAAUAUGGUCCGAAGAUCUUCGUCUUCAUGAACUAACAGGAACUGCAGCCUCUUGCCUCGGCUCUCAAGACCAUGAUCCUUUUAAAGGGGAUGAUGAUCAGAUCCAGAUUGAGAGAGUGGGUGACAUGGAUUCCGCGGCUGAUAUGUAUGAGCGAAAGCCAAUGGCUGGCGGAGUCAGCAUUGAUGAUAAGAAAUUCGAUGCAUCGUCUAAACUAGAAAGGCCAUCCCCGAGAAGACCAAAUCUGCAGGCGGAGAGGCUGAGCCCUAUGAUUGGUGGUGGCAUGUCAAGAGGAACUUCCCCGUUUGGGUGAAAUAUACAAAUAACAGAUUGAUCAUAGAUGCAUAUGAGAAUUAAUAUACUUGACUUUACCUAAUUGCAUUUGCUAGGAGACUUUGAUGGAGUCUCAGAUACAGUUUUUUGGGAAUGUUUGUAGUAAUUUAUAUAUGUUGACAUAUAUAAGAGCAUUGGCUUGAGUAUGAUCAACAAGUAAUAAUGCAAUGCAAUGCAUGCAUGCAAUUACUAAGAA